UGCAGUCAAUGCAAGCGCCUCAGCGACUUGGUUCGUGUGCUAGCUGUCGGUGAAAAUGAUGGCCGAAUAUGCUAUUGGUGCAACGCUUACUGCUGUUUUUCAUCCUGUAGGAUUUUCAAGAUUUCUUAUACAGCUUGGCCAUGAACCCUUGCAUCCAGAAACAGGAAGGGCUUUCCUUGGAUUUGGGAAAGAUAAAACAUACUAUCCAAAUAUUCUUCGAUACAUGGGCCACAUCAGACAAAAAGAAGGAUUCCUAGGGUUGUACAGAGGCCUUGUACCAAGGAUAUUGGGAGGCUUUGUCGGCAACUUCACCACUACAGCAACUAACAAUUAUCUCAAGGGUGUUGGGAUCAGCGAAGAUGAGACGGAGAAAGCUGUCGGCAACAGCUCUGAUGAGCUGGUAGGAUGGUUAAAGACAUUCUUUUUACAGACGUCAAAGGAAACAGUGGGACGCUGUGUAGGGAUUAUAGUUAGCCAACCAUUUCAUGUGAUAAUGUUGAGGUGCCAAGCACAGUUUAUUGGUGGAGAAACCGUAUACAACUCAUUGUGGUCCUCUAUGGUAGAAAUUUACAACAACGACGGUGUCCUGGGAUUCUUUGGAGGACUUAUACCCAGGCUAGUAGGGGAGGUUAUCACCAUUUUCCUGACAAACUUUUUGGCCAACAUGAUCAACAAACACUUCCUUGAAGAUAAGGAGAUGAGGACCUACACCUCUAGUGCGUGUGGACUUGUCAUUGGGACAUUCACAUAUCGGUUCUCCUUGGUCGGCAACUUAAUGGCUGUAAACAACACUGGACUCGUGGCAGCCAAGUAUCCAUACAUGUUAGCCUACAGUAACUGGUAUGAGUGCUGGGGACAUCUCAGCAAAGAGCGCAUGCUUGGAAGAGGAUCUCGCCUGUUUAAUCGUAUUUUUACACCCAGGCAUUACGUAGCACUAGACUAAGUGUGAGGACACAGUACUCUUAUACUUUGCUUCCACUCGGCCAACCAAAACAAACGACAUAGACAUUAACGGCAGAGCCCAUAAAAUCUCACCAAUAUCAUUCUUGUGUCCUCUGGGGCAGUUAGUGACACCAUUACUGCAAAAGGAGCUCAAGUGCCAUCGUUGGACAUAUAUUUUAUGUAUUUCAUAUGGCAGAUGUUAUUUAUACAAAAUCAGGUUAUGAUAUAAGUAUACUACUGUGUGUAUGGAACUUCAGUUACUGCAGUAUAAAGCAGGUUGUCAUUAAAAUUUUACAAUAACC